ACAUAGUAAAUAGUAUUGCAGUAACCUCAAAUGCCUCAAUAGACAUGUCAGAUGUAUUAAGGCAUGUACUCCCUACACACAGUGAUUACAAUAUCUAAGGUAACUGGAAAGAGGAGUGGACCCGAACAGUGACACCUGGCGUGAGAGGUGCUGGAAUAUUUCCUUGCUACGUUUCCGAGUUGUUGACAUGCCUUGAUUCGGGGUGCUCACUGUUGCGCUGUUUGCUAUUGCUUUGGCACGCUCCAUGCCAUUCUGUCUUUUACUCGGCGAUUGGAUACAAGGCUCAUCAUGACAACAGAAAUUAGCUUGAGUGCUGCCACAGGAAAUCCACAGCAGCCAAGUUCUGAACAAGAGCCUCCCAAGUUUGACAAACCGGAAAGUCAGCCAAAGGAGAAUCAGCAGUUGGAAGAGGUGGUGGACAAGCAAGCGGGUGGAGACCAGAACACGCCAACAACACCAGUCAAUGGUAUUCCUACCAACAAAGAGGAGGCAGCGAAGGAGCAGUCAUCCGGUAGCAAAGGCUUGUCUCGUUUCUUGCCUGGCUGGUUUAAAAGACCCAAGUCUCAGAUUUCAGAAGAGGAAAGUGGAAAGGAGGUUGGUGUUGCUUCUGAACCCAGCAACGCAAUACCAGAGCAACCACUAGAUUCGAUAAAGCAAACAGAAGAAAGCGAAUUAGUUGAGCAAGGAGCACCUAUCGCAGAUCAGGAGCUGGAUGAUAACAUUGACGAAGAAGCAACAUUAGAUUUGCAUUCUGUUAGCAGUGCUGAAACUCAGCCAGCCCAAGAGGAAAAAGAAGAUAUUGGCCCAGAAAAGGAUUCUGAAGUUAAGGAUGAAGUAAAGCUAGAUGUUACUGAGGAAAAAACUGAAAGUACAGAGUUAAAAACCAGUAAGGAUUUAAAACCACCACUCAAGGUUGCCAAAAAAUCAAAAACCAUGCACUGUAAGGUGACUCUUUUGGAUGAAACUGAAUUUCAGUGUGAUGUUGAGAGACAUUCCAAGGGGCAUGAGCUGUUCACUAAAGUGUGUCAACAUCUUAAUCUUCUGGAGAAGGACUAUUUUGGACUGGCCUUUUGGGAUUCAACAAAUCAGAGAAGUUGGCUGGAUCUUACCAAAGAGAUUAAGAAGCAAAUGCAGGGUGGUCCAUGGGAUUUUACUUUCAAUGUGAAGUUUUACCCUCCAGACCCUGCACAGCUGACUGAAGAUAUAACAAGAUAUUACUUAUGUCUUCAGCUGCGUCAGGACAUAAUUACUGGAUGUUUGCCUUGUUCAUUUGUUACUCUUGCCCUUUUGGGAUCGUAUACAGUUCAGUCAGAGCUGGGCGAAUAUGAUCCAGAGCUACAUGGAACAGAUUAUCUCACAGAGUUAAGGUUGGCUCCAAAUCAAACAAAAGAACUGGAAGAAAAAAUAAAGGAGCUUCAUAAAACCCACAGGGCCAUGACACCUGCACAAGCAGAUCUGCAAUUCUUGGAGAAUGCUAAGAAGCUUUCAAUGUAUGGUGUAGAUUUUCAUCCUGCAAAGGACUUGGAAGGAGUGGACAUCAUGCUUGGGGUAUCGUCUGGUGGCCUCCUUGUGUAUAAAGACCGACUCCGAAUAAAUCGCUUUGCCUGGCCUAAGGUUCUGAAAAUUUCAUAUAAACGCAGCAGUUUCUUCGUUAAAAUUCGUCCGGGAGAGGAUCAGUGUGAAAGUACUAUUGGGUUUAAGCUGGCCAAUUACCGUGCUGCCAAAAAAUUGUGGAAAGUAUGCGUGGAAAAUCAUACAUUUUUCAGUAGGCUAACAACUCCAGAAUCCUCGGCAAAAAGCAAGUUCUUGUCCCUGGGUUCCAAAUUUCGUUACAGUGGUCGAACACAAGCGCAGACCAGGGAAGCAAGUGCCCUAAUUGACAGACCAGCGCCCCGUUUUGAACGUACUGCAAGCAAGCGGGCAUCCAGAAGCCUUGAUGGAGCUGCAGUAGUUGUGACUCCGGACAAAAGUCCAAGACCAGUUACCACUUCUGUGCCAACAAUAUCUCAGAGUCAUUCGGUGGAAGUCAGUAGCCCCCCCACAAUUGAUACAACAAGAGUGACUGAAUCGAAUGCAGUUGAACAGGAAGCAAAGGGUAAAAUAAAACAAGAAGAACGUCUGGUUGACAGAAGAUCUGAACCAGCCCAAGAAGUCAAGGCCCCUGCGCAGCAAACUGAAACCACUCCAAUUCCUACCACAGCAAAUGAUAAAUUACAGCAAAAGCCUGAAGGAGAAGAAGUCGUUAAAAUGCGCAAGAAGAGAUCAAAGAAAAUUGAGGGUGAAAACAUUUAUGUCAGGCAUAGCAAUUUAAUGUUGGAGGAUCUCGACAAAACCCAGGAUGAAAUAAUGAAACAUCAUGCUAGUAUCAGUGAACUAAAGCGGAACUUUAUGGAGUCUGUACCUGAUCCUCGCCCCAGUGAAUGGGAUAAACGCCUCUCGGCACACUCGCCUUUUAGGACCACGAAUGUCAACGGACCAAUUCAAGCCGGCACAGAAGAAAAUAUGGAUGACGACCUGAAAUCAGAAUUUGAAGAGCUGUCAGAGUGUGUAAAGAUUGAUCACAAGGCAGAAAUAGAGGGACUGAAGCUUGAAAAUGGCUUCAGCAUGAGCCAAGUGACUGGCCCGUUGGAGUCUCCACUGAGACAUGACUCUGACCCUUCCUUUCUGAGUAACAGCAAGGAGGAGGAAGAAUUCUGCCUCCUUCAGAACAAGGAGCUGAAGUGGCAGAGCAGGGCAGAUAUAGGCCUGGACAUGCAGCCUGAGGUUUCAGAGGAGAUUGAAGCAAAGGCCCUCAUGAGCUCUGCUUCUCCUCAACUAAACCACCAUCUGCAGGAAGGUGAACAGAAAGAACGACCUUUAAAGAUAAAUGCCUUUCAUUACAAUGAACCUCCUCGGCUAAUCCGCUGCUUUCAGCCGCCACUUGUGAAGACUCAAACUGUGACCAUCCCUGACGUGCCACCCUCUGAAAAUGAAAUUGCUACCAAUGAAGUUCCUGUUGUUCACACAGAAACAAAGACCAUCACCUAUGAAGCAGCACAGACAGGUGAUUGUAAUAGUGAUGGUGAGCCUGGGGUAUUGAUGUCUGCUCAAACUAUCACAGCUGAGACUGUGUCCACCACCACAACCACACAGAUCACAAAGACUAUUAAAGGAGGAAUUUCAGAAACCAGAAUUGAGAAACGAAUUGUAAUCACAGGAGAUGCAAAUGUUGACCAUGAUCAGGCUUUGGCACAAGCCAUCAAAGAAGCCAAAGAGCAACAUCCGGAUAUGUCCGUGACCAAGGUGGUGGUGCAUCAGGAAACAGAGGUGGAGAAGGAAUAAAACCCAGCGGUAAAGAAAAUACAGCGGGGAGCAGCUUUCCAAGUCCUGCUACUUGGCCGUUCAUUAGAAGAUUUUUAUACCUCUUUUUAGGAUCUGCUCACUGCCAUUUGUGUUUGCUUUGCAGCCCUUCAAUAAUUACCAACUAGACAAAGAACCUAUGACUAGAAGAGAUAUCUAAGCCAAGGAAUAAUCCUGGACUUUUUUUGUUUUUUAUUAUUACAUGGAAACAUCCUAUUUGAUACAGUUUUAGAUCCAUAGAUUUUUACAUAUUUCAGAACCUAAAAACACAGAUUGGUGGUGG